ACUCAAUGUCGAGUCAGGCGAUUUAGUUCCAAUAAAAUCCGUCAUCGGCUGUGAGAAUGAGAAAUCGUCGUUUCAAAAUUGACCGAUGUUGCAUAUGCGUGCGCGUGGAAAAUGUCACCCGGCUCUUGAAUUUGGUUUUAACAUGAAAUAAAGUAAGAGAAAAUCAUGAUUAGAGUCGAACGACUCGCGAUACAAAAGCGAUUUUUAUGAGGUGUCUCAAAAAGCGGCGGAUUCAUUGCUGGAAUUCGUGUAUCUGAUUGAGGUUAUCUUUGUCGCGAGUUUAUUUCUUAUUUUCUGUUUUUUUAAAUGGAAGAAACUACGUGCAAUUCGCCGAAAUCACGUUCAGAUGAAAAUAGCCAUAUCAAUGAGCCAGACACCGAAACAUCCUGCAAAAAUGACAAUGAUACGGAACGUUGUAAUGGGGAACGUACACCGCGACACUCCGAGAGAUCCAUUGACAACUCUAUUUUCAAUACUAUUUCCAAAAUUGUUAAUCCUACUAAGGUACCAGACAUUCAAGAUUUUAAGAUAGUCAAGCCGAUAAGCAGAGGAGCGUUUGGUAAAGUGUUUUUGGGAUACAAAAAAACCAAUCCGGAGCAAGUGUAUGCGAUUAAAGUGAUGAAGAAAAACGAAAUGAUAAAUAAGAACAUGGCGUCACAAGUAGUAAUUGAGCGUAAUGCGCUGGCUCUGACUCACAGUCCAUAUUGUGUGCAACUCUUUUACUCCCUGCAAUCUGUCAGCAGUGUGUAUCUAGUCAUGGAAUAUAUGGUGGGUGGCGAUCUUAAGAGUCUGCUCGGUGUUUAUGGCUUUAUGGAGGAAUCUAUGGCAGCUUUUUACACGGCGGAAGUAUGCUUGGCAUUGGAGUACCUUCACUCGCAUGGCAUUGUGCAUAGGGAUCUGAAACCAGACAACAUGCUUCUCUCGCGCGAAGGACACAUCAAGCUUACAGACUUUGGCCUGAGUAAGAUAUCGUCUUUGCAUAGAGAUCUUGAGAUAUCAGAUUUAGUGAAUCCUCUCACUCCCAGUCUAUGUGCCAGGACACCCGGCCAAUUGCUCUCGCUGACGUCUCAUCUCUCCUUCGGUUCUGGCCAAAAGUCCACCAAUGAAUCGAAUCUUAGCGACAGAAGCACACCUAUGAACUUACUCGCCGUGCUGCAGAGAAAUUGCACGAAAACUGUGGGGCAUAUGUCGCCGAACUCCGCUAUUUCUUCUGUCGCAUCUGGAGAUUAUUCUCGAAUAUCCGGUGUUACGCCUUUCCAAUCGGCGGAGGAUUUGCACUUUGAGCAUAGCAAUGAUGAACAAAGUAUAGAAGAGGAUGAGGAUACUGUACAGAAGCAUGAAGAUGGUCCAGAUAGUUCCAGCAGCUUUUAUACCUGCGAAGUGUCGUCUUCCAACCAAGCAAACAAUCAUACCGUUCAGAAUGUGGAGGAGGAAAAGGACGAAUCCACGCUCGAAGCGGAAGAGAGUCGACGAGAGUCGCAACAGCGAUCCCUUGAGCACACCAGUCCGGUGAGUACUUGUACAAAUUUAUUCGUGAUUCGGGGAUCGAAAAGAAAGCGACCGGAUGCGGCGUGUGCAUCGACCGGCUUAACGUGCGAGAUCAACGCGAUGGAUUUAGACAUCGAUAGGACACCCAAGAGAAAUAAUCGCGACUCCACGUUUUCCUGUACGAGUCCGACAAUCAAUGUUACUUCGAUAUCCAAAACCGUGGAUAUUACUGUUGAUAUGGCGAAUAAUAAUCGUAGUAGGACACCGUCUGAGAGUCAGGACGAGCAGGACACCGGCUCUGCGGGUAGAGUAGCUUUCAGCACGCCCGUAUCCUCCACUAAACAGAGAGGUCGCGACAAUGAAAAGCAGCAGAAGCACCAGGAGGAAGAGGACGCUCAGACCUUUAUAAAGACGAGAUUUCGCCUGCCGCCGCCGCCCACGUCGCACUCCGCGCCCGAGAUGCAUACGGACUCGGACAACACUUCCGAUGGCCAUCGUUCGCCUCAGGGUAUCUCACCUAUUAAGACACCCGCGACUUCGGGCAACGGGUGUUACACGCCUUAUAGAACACCCAAGUCCGUCAGAAGAGGCGGCCAGGGUGGUGCCAAUCGGUCGGACGAUCGCAUACUCGGCACGCCUGAUUAUCUCGCUCCGGAACUGCUGCUCAGGCAAGGUCACGGACCGGCUGUUGACUGGUGGGCACUGGGCGUAUGCCUAUAUGAGUUCUGCACAGGCUUACCGCCGUUCAACGACGAGACACCACAGGCAGUGUUCGCAAACAUUCUCGCGCGCGAUGUUCCAUGGCCGGAGGACGAGGAAGCGUUAUCAGCAGCGGCAACCGACGCCAUUGAUGCACUUCUCACCUUGGACCAGACAGCACGCCCUUCGGCGAAGGAGGUGCGUUCCAUGAGUCUUUUCCGCGAGUUCCCUUGGGACGAGCCGUCGAAAGCGACACCUCCUUUCAUUCCGCAGCCCGAUGAUAAAUACGAUACAUAUUACUUCCAAACACGAAAUACACUGCAGCAAUUGAAUAUAAGCAGUUGCGAUACGUAGCCUUAUGCUCUAUGCAAGACGUGGCAGGAACAGAAGCCUAUGAUGUCAAAACUGUUGUCAUGUAACUUUAUUUUUUAUAUAUACUUGUGUAUGUAUAGUAAUAUAAAAUAUAUUUUGUUACUACUUGUAA